GUGUCACGGAGCACACCAUAUCCUUAAUCUUAACCCCCUCUCACGCUCUCGCUCUCGCUCUCCCUUGAAGAACAGUGCAAGGAAGACAUCAUCAUGGUUGGCGUUUCACGAUUAGCUGUGCUCGGGGCGAUUCUGCCCGCCGCUCUUGCUGCCGUUCGCUCUGAGGGUAGGCCCAUUCUCGGCCAGCGUGUCGACGGGCUACGACUCGUCAAGACAUCUGAAGAGGAUGCCGGAACUUGGAUGACUGAAGAGGAGAAGUUCGAGAAGCUCACCUCGAAGCGUAUCGGCUUCAUGGAUAUCACCGACACCAUGGAACUAGAGGCCAUGGGUGAGGCCCGUAGAGCUGCCAGGGCCCAGCAGAAGGCGGCCGCUUUCCCAUCAGGGCCAAGCCACCAGACCGAGGCAAAUGCCCUCAUUGCCAAAGUGAAGCAGAGCAACUUGCAAACCUGGACCAACACACUGGCCGACUUCUACAACCGGUACUACCGGGGCUCGUACGCUGCGACCAGCGCUUCUUGGAUGUACAGCACCGUCGUCAGCGUAGCUUCAGCCAACUCGGCCAUCAAAGUGAAGCAGUUCACCCACUCGUACAACCAGCCCAGUGUCAUUGCUACGAUUCCUGGCUCAUCGGCUGAGGUCGUUGUCGUGUCGGCUCACUACGACUCUGUCGGCAGCACUACUUCUGGUCGCGCUCCCGGCGCCGACGAUAAUGCCUCUGGCGUCGUCGUUGUCCUCGAAGCACUCCGAGUUCUUGCCGAGGCGAAAUACGCACCGGAGAACACUCUCGAGUUCCACUUCUACUCGGGCGAGGAAGGAGGUCUGCUCGGCUCGCGCGACGUCUUCAACUCGUAUGCUCGUAGCCGCGUUAAUGUCCUUGCUGUCAUGAACCAGGACAUGACUGGUUACUCGCCCAACAACGUCAUCGCCGUCUUUACUGACUACGGCGACACCAACCUGAUCAACUUUACCAAGAAACUUGUGCCCGUGUACUCCAAGCUUCCCCUGUCAACCGACCGAUGCGGAUACGGAUGCAGUGACCACGCUUCUGCCUAUUCUGCGGGUUAUCCUGCUGUGUACGUCUGCGAUGAGAACAUUCGCGACUCCUCGCCUUAUAUCCACUCGGCUCAAGAUACCGUUUCGACUGUUAACUUCCCGCACGUUCUUGAACAUGCCAAGUUGACUGUUGGCUUUCUUGUUGAGGCCUCGUACUUUUAGAUAGGUGGGGAGACAUAGGAAAAGGUAUCCAGAACUAGGUGUUAAUCAGAAGUCACUAUUGAAUCAGUGGGACAUCUUCGGUGGCCAUUUCUCUGAGGGCAAUUAGUAAUAAACCUUCUAUAUGCUAGCCGAUAUGUGAAAAGAUUGACAAUAAAGAAAUGAUGCGUGUUUCUAUGCUCUGGUUCUCUCACUAAUAUUCCACAGACUAAGCUGCU